CCAGCUGAAGCAGUCGCCCGCGAUCUCCUCGGAAAGCGUCUUGUCCGGCUCCUACCCUCCUCGAACGAAACCAUGCGUCUCACGGGCAUCAUCGUCGAAACGGAGGCAUACUGUGGAGAAGAUGACAAGGCCUGCCAUAUUUAUGCCGGCCGACGGACGAAGCGCACGGAGAUCAUAUAUGGGCCUAAAGGCCACGCGUAUGUUUACUUUACGUAUGGCAUGCAUCAUAUGCUCAACGUGGUCUGCGGGUCCGAAAGCUAUCCAGAGGCGGUGCUUAUUCGAGCCCUGCAGCCAGAGGUGGAGAGCGUCGCAACGAUGCGGACGUUACGGAGCACGCGGAAACGAAAGGCAGAAGCCGUCGGUGGGGAAACGGCUGCAGUCAAGCAUGUGAAGGAAAUGCGAGAGGCUGAUCUGUGCUCGGGACCAGCGAAACUGUGUCAGGCGAUGGGGAUCGACUUGGCACAAAAUGGGGUGGACAUGACGUGUACCGACGCUGGAUUGUACUUUGAAGACGUCGGAGUUGUUGACGAGGCUUCGGAAGAGACAGCUAUAGCGAUACAGGCGGGCCCGCGAAUCGGGAUAGAUUAUGCUGCUGAAUGGAAGGACAAGCCUCUGCGGUUCUUUUACGAUCAGAAUCCUCAUGUCUCACUCUUUAAG